AUGGGUAAUUGCUAUGGAAGUAGAAAAGAUCCAAUACCAUUAGCUUUUGAUUAAGCUGAAUAUUAAGCACUUAAUAAUCAGUUCCGUUAUUAUUGUGAAUUAAGCAGCUAGUAAUUUAGCAACAUAUUUAAGAACUCGUGAUGUUAAUGGAUUAAACCAAAAAUCAUUUGAGGAUAUUUUUUGUGAAAAUCCUUCAUUUGGAAUUAAAUUAUUUAAAUUUUUAGAGGCAUAUUCUGGAUCUCAAGGAUUGAUUAAAAAAGAACCAUUGUUUGAAUUUUGUAUUAUAUUUAUUUAUUAUCAGUGGAAUUAUUGGUUAAGGAUGUUUAGACUAAUAUUCCAACAUUUAAGAACCUAGAAAGAUUUGAAUUAAUGUCUUUAAUUUCUUUGCAAGAUUCAAAAUUCUUAACUACAAAAGAAGAAUUAGCUUAAUUAUAAUUGACAUAUUUAGACACUAUUGGAGUGAUUAAAGUAAUUACCUAAUCUAUUAAUAAGGAUUUAAUUAAAAUGCAUUAAAUAGGUAAAAAAGCAGUUUCUACAAAUGAGAGAUACAUUAAGACUUUGGUCGAUAUGCUUUAUAGUAAAAAUCUUAAUAAUAAUUAUUUAGAAAAUGAGUCAGGUUCUUUUUCUUGGGUUAGUUUAGUUGAUUUUGUAACAAAAUAAAUGCCAGGAACUAAAGAAGCAAUUAAACAUUAUUUUUAAGCAAAAUUUAUGGGAAAAUAAAUAAAUGUAUUUAUUUAAAUGAAAGAUAGAACUUUAUCCCUAUUGUAAAUACACCUUCUUAUUUUUUGACUGAUGAAUUGUGUUUUUAAUUACUUCUUAGUACAAAUUCAGUUUUAAAAAAUUGUUCACAAUUAACUUUACUUUAUUCUAGUGUUGCUCAUUAGGGUGGAUUUAAUUAAAUGAUUUAAGUAAUGAAAGGUAAUAAAAUUAAAUAUUGUAAUUAGAUAGUAAAUUACCUACUUUAGUUUUGAUUUAACAUUAAGAGAUUUAUGAUUAAAAAUAAAAAGUUUAAACUUUUGGUGCAAUUACUAAUCUGAGAUGGUAUGAUACUAAAUAAUAUUUUGGAACUAAAGAUGAUUGUGUUUUUAGUCUCUUUCCAUAUUAUAAGAUAUUUAAAUCAAAAAAAGGAGAAUAAAAUUAUUGUUAUUUAGAUUCAUAAAAAGGAUUUGGUUUUGGAGGUAAGAAUGCUGAAGGAUUCAGAAUUUGGAUUGAUAAAAACAUUGAUAAUUCAUAUUGUAAUUAAUUUGAUGAUACUUAUGAAAAUGGUCCCAUUUUACUACCUUAUGUUAAAAAACUUAAUAUCAAAAUUAUAGAAAUAUGGGGUAUUUAACAUCCACCUGAAGAUUUGGAUGAUAACACAGAAGUUAAUAUUGAUUUAAAAGAUCCUCUUCUUUAAAAACCUGAUGAAAUAUAAUUCCCUGAUUCUAAUGCAGAUUACUAUUGGGUUGGUUAAGAUUAAAAAAUUGAUGAAAAGAAUUCAGGAUAUUAUUGGGAAGUUUAAAAUGAGACAAAAUGA